AAGGUAAUAAGUGAAGUGAAUAUCGUAAUUCGUAUCGUCAUUUGACGAACACCCUAGAAAAUCUCUUUGUACGUAUACGUAAUGUAGAAAAUUUUCUCUCUGGCUGUGACUGUAUCGUAAAUGUCAUUCGAAUAAAUUGACUCUCGUUUGUUUCAUUCAAGUUAAAAAUUGAACUUUCAGGAAAUUAAACUUGUGCAUUGAGUGAUUAUCAAAAUUAGGAAUUUAGUUUACCUGUUUACGUUAUUAUAAUUGUGUAGUGGAGUGCUAUUACUGGAUUAUAAUUUAAGUAAGACAUCAAGAUGGUGAAGGAAACCACAUAUUAUGAUAUUCUGGGUGUGAAGCCCAACUGUACAAAUGAUGAACUAAAGAAAGCAUACAGAAAAUUGGCUUUAAAGUACCACCCUGACAAAAACCCAAAUGAAGGCGAGAGGUUCAAACAGAUCUCACAGGCAUAUGAAGUGCUGUCAAAUCCAGACAAGAGAAGAAUUUAUGAUCAAGGUGGUGAACAAGCCUUGAAAGAAGGCGGAGCUGGCGGCAGUGGCUUCUCGUCACCUAUGGACUUGUUCGACAUGUUCUUCGGUGGCGGCUUCAGCGGCGGCCGACGGCGCGGCCGGGAGCGCAAGGGCAAGGACGUCAUACACCAACUGUCCGUCACACUGGAGGAGCUGUACAAAGGUGCUGUGCGGAAGUUGGCGCUGCAGAAGAAUGUCAUUUGUGAGAAGUGCGAAGGCAGAGGUGGGAAAAAGGGUGCAGUGCAAGUGUGCCCCACGUGUCGUGGCACCGGCAUGCAGGUCCAGAUCCAGCAGCUGGGCCCCGGCAUGAUCCAGCAGAUCCAGACCGUGUGCAGCGAGUGCAGGGGACAGAGGGAGAUCAUCGACCCCAAGGAUCGCUGCAAAGUUUGUCAGGGACGCAAAACUGUGCGUGACCGCAAAAUUCUCGAAGUGCACGUAGACAAAGGCAUGACGGACGGACAGAAGAUAGUGUUCAGUGGCGAAGGGGACCAGGAGCCCGAGCUAGAGGCCGGGGAUCUUAUUAUUGUUUUAGACGAGAAGGAACACCAGAUAUUCAAAAGAUCUGGCAAUGACCUCAUAAUUAGGAUUAAUAUUGAGCUGGUGGAGUCGCUGUGCGGCUUCCAGAAGGUGAUCCGGACAUUGGACGACAGGGACAUUGUGAUCACCGUGUUGCCCGGAGAGAUUAUUAAGCAUGGAGAAGUCAAGUGUGUUUUGAAUGAAGGGAUGCCGAUGUACAAAAAUCCGUUUGAUAAAGGGCAGCUUAUAAUACAAUUCUUAGUUAAUUUCCCCAACUCCAUUCAACCUGAAGUCAUUCCAGCAUUGGAGAACUGUCUGCCCCCACGACCUAUGGUUGAGAUCCCCGAACUGGCGGAGGAGUGCCACCUGGUGGAGCUGGACCCGGAGCAGGAGACGCGCCGCCGCCGCCAGCACGCCGCGCACGCCUACGAGGAGGACGACGAGCACCCCGGCGUCAACCGCGUGCAGUGCGCCACCGGCUAGGCGCGCCCGAACCCGCCCACACACCACACGCUGCACCGUAGACGUGUUGAUACGAGACGCUGCGAUAGGCAUGCGACCAACGACAUAACACGUGAAGACAAAUAGACAAAUGUUGACCAAUGACCUCGAAGUUUUACGCCAAUAGCGGAGUAACUGGAAAAUACCGCAAUCUCUUUCCUGAGUCCUGGUCGACAUUUUGUCCAUUUCUCGUCAUUUCUAUAAAUGUCCUUGGUCGCAUGCUAGGCAUACAAGCAUACCUCACUUUAUGAAGGCUGAAAGUUUGUUGGCCGAUGCUUCUACCAUGGGUGGAUUUAAAAAUAAACCUGUAGCCAUAUGGCACGUCGAUUCUCUUUCUACAAACGCUAACGUUUCGAAAACUAAAAAAAUGUACGGGAAUGACAGAUCCGAUCGAUAAGUUGAUCACGUGAUCUGUCGAUAGCAAAUGUCUACAUUUUUUGGUUUUCGAAGCGAUUGCGAUUGUAGAAAGAGAAUCUACGUGUCACAUGGCUACAAUCGUUGGACCCUUGACAGUGAGACAUGCUAUCUUUCAAGGCUACUUUUACUUGCCUAUGGUAGGAGUGGCGGCCUUCUUGGCACAGUUAUUUACAAGAUGGAGGUCCUAGGUUCGAUCCCCGGCUGGGCCGGUUGAGGUUCUCUAAUUGGUCCAGGUCUGGCUGGAGGGAGGCUUCGGCCGUGGCUUGUUACCAGCCUACCGUUAAGCGAUUUAGCGUUCCGGUACAAUGACUUGUAGAAACCGAAAGGGGUGUAGAUUUUCAUCCUACUCCUAACAAGUUGGCCCGCUUCCAUCUUAGAUUGAAUCAUCACUUACCAUCAGGUGAGAUUGUAGUCAAGGGCUAACUUGUAGAGAAUAAAAAUAAAAAUUUUAGCCUUCAUAAAGUGAAGUAUGUAUAUCGAGCUAUCGCAAGCUAUUGGUACGUAAUAACUAAACAUACAUAGUAAUAAAAUUCAAGACACCUGUAACCAACUUCAUUAUAACUUCGCUAACAUAUAGCGUGCAAUUGUAUAAAAAUAAAUGUAUGUCUCAAAUCUCGUAUUUGUUUCCGCACUCGACAUAGAUAUAGAGCUGUAUCCGUAAGCGACACGUCAUUUCUAGCUAUUAAGAUUUCUAUGGUCCAUACAAUAUGUAGACUCGGCCGCUGACUGUAUAUCAGCUAGUUGCGUGUGUUUGUUGGAUUUUUUCCAUUUUGACGUGAUUUUUUUUUGUACGGACGUAAUUUAUAUAAGCCAAGUGCAUCGAUCUCCUAUUAAAAAGUGGAUGCACAAUCAGCGACCAAAAAACGUCCCCACUCAAUGAGUGCCAAACACAACUUCUUGGCUCUCAAUUGAAAUAGUCGCAUUUGCAAAUUCAACCUUAAACUCAAUCCUUAAGGUUGAAUUUGCUCUGAAUUUGGGAUUUUAUUGGAUACUGGACUAUAUUUAUAUAAUUUUCUUUACUUGUAAUUCUCAAACUGUCAAAGCAAAAUUGGCCAGUUUUUAAGUGAAAAUUUCUACAUUGUGCGUCCUUUUAUUAUAAGAGGUCAAUGGUCGGCCAUUAACAAUGAAACAUGUUUGACAAACUUGUCUUUUACGUUAAACAAGCGUUUGACAAGUUUUUGACAAGCGCUGAAACAAUGAUCAAAUUGGGUGGGAAAAAACUUUGAUUUGACGAAAAGUUUUAUCUGUGGUGAUUUCAGACUAGUAUUUUUUUGCGCGUAUUAGCAUACGCGCUUACAUGCUGUUCAAAAUUCCUCUUUGAGAGUGAAUGAUCUGAGGCACUAUUUUUUACCUAUACAGAACAUCACUAUGACAAUAAAUAUGGUAUAAUUAUUUUACAAAGUGACAUUAUCAUCUGUCAGAAAAUUCGCAGGAUUAAUGAUUAUACUAUAGUCUGAACCGCUCUUAUUGUCAUUACUUACAUUGUGACAUUGAGAGUGAAUGAAACCGUGACAUUUCACGUUGUUUUUACUUAUUUUUGAAUUCCAUUACAAAACGCCUUAUAAAAUAAAAAAGAACUUAAGACGCUACUGUGUUUACUUGUGCGGUCCAAAUACCUUUUGCGCGAUUAUCGCUAGAGUUCUCAAUCUAUCUAUUUACAAACUAGUAGGUCUUUCGUCCGUUUGUUGCGAUGAGACGAAAGAGGGCGAUAUUUUUGGUUUUGGUCGACAUUGUCUUUUUCUCUUCAGAUAUCUCGCGGCACGUUUUGUUGUCCUACUGUACUAAUGUUUCAGUCAUUGGGCCAGUCUACGUUAGUUGUGGACUCUAACUAGUCUCAGCCGUAGGCUAUACACCUAGUAAAGGUGUAUAGUAUAUUGCCCGAUACUAAAAAUUGCUUGUAAAAACUGAUUUAGAUUGCGACAUGCGACUAUAAAACGAAUUGAAUGCACACACCUUUGAGAUGUUUGCAGUAAUUUCGUUUGAUGGUUAACUCCUAAUAGCUUUAAAAUUUCAGAGACUUCAAUCUACCAUAACGUCCCAUCCGCUAAAUAUUUUCUGUACGCUUUUUUAACAAAUGGACCAAUCUAUUAACCAUUUUUUGGAUUCAUGCCCUAGAUUGCUAAUAAAAAUCUCGGUUACAUCCCACUUUUGUAUAAUAUAAGACCAAGUUUAUAUUGUGCAAUGUAUUGCUUUUUUUUCUUACGAAUAACUAAAUGACAACAGACGUCAUAAAAAUGAUGAAAUUUAUUAUUCUAUCCUCAGGCUGCAACUAAGUUUACUACCUUUAAAAUAUUAGCAAAAUAAUGUUGGAAAAAUUGUUUGGCAAAUUUUUAAGUAACUCGAAGUUUACUGACGAGUUAAAAUUUAAAAAUUUGAAAAAUUCCCAACAUUCGUGCAUAGCUUACCUACUAAUGUAAUGCGUAGUAAUCCAUUCAUCUGACAAGAGUUUUUGUCAAUUUGACCGAUUUUCAUGUAACUUACAGUUUAUAAUGCGCAAUGGUCUUUCAUUGACACAAAAAACUAUUGGGUUUGGGUCUAUGAAACAUUCACGUUUCCAGAUCCAACGUAACGAAAGAGCGAUAUUUUCGACAUUUGUCAUUCUCUCGCCUCGAAAUAUAUAACACCUUGGGCCUACCAGGAGUAGUAGAUUAAGAUCUUUCCAGACGUGGGAAGACUCCAACGGAACGCAUAUUAUUCAAUCUGAGAAAUUCUAUUUUAGUUUACAUUAAUCCAGACAGAUUUCAAGCUCAGUGUGUUACUCCCAGUCUAUGUUACACUCGUAGCCUAAGAACCCGUGAACUCUAGACCGUCAUUUUAUGAAAGCUGAAAGUUUGUCACCUCAUGCUCCUACCAUAAGUAAGUUCGGUAGCCAAAUAUGAAGUUUGGACCGUGGCGGUUUUGGAAGUAGGUUUUAAGGAUUAAUCGUCUAAGUAUAAAGUGUAAUUUUGUCAUGUUUUCCUUGGCUUAAUAUGAGAAAUUAUCCAUAAUAUAUCUACCUAAUAUGUACCUACCUACCUAAUAUAUACGGGAAUAUCCCAGUCGAUAGUAAUUUAGCUUCGCGGCAACCCUUUGAAAAACAUUAUUUAAUUUGAAACUUGCGAAUUUGAUUAAGCCAAGUGUCUGGCGAAUGGGGAUAUCAUUUCUCAUAUUAUGCCGAUAAAAAUAUAAAAAAAAAUACUUGAAACUUGCUAUCUUUACUACGAUCCAACCUCCAUAGUUGGUUACGGUACUCUCUAAGCAGUAGGAGCAUGAGCCGACAAACGUGUCAGCUUUUAUAAAAACACGAAGUUCUGUUGUCGCUGGCUCUCCGUCUAUUAUCUAAUGUAUGAUUAUGAUUGUUUUAUAAACUGAAAUGUUUGAAACAUCCAAUUACUCGCUGUGUAAACCUUAUUGUCAAAAUAUUUUAAAGGCAAAGUAUUCAAUCACUCUCGAACAUAAGUUACAUUAUAAAUACGUGUAUGUUUAGUUUUUGUUGGCAGUGUUAUAUCAUAACUAAUGUUUUUAGUAACCACAGGUUUAUACAUAAAUAUUCUUGAUGAUUAAAGAAAUAACAAUGCAUUACUAUUUUCUAUACAAUUUCCAUUUUUUAUUAUAUUGUACCUACUAUAACUGUCGACUACUCAUCCUCAUAAUCUAGCGUUUUAAUUCGAAAAGCAGUUGUGUAAAAAUAUAAUUACACUAAUAUAAUAAUAGUUAAUUAAAGUUUGUACGUGAUAUCAUUUAGAAUAAUUUAAGUUAUUACUGUGAUUAUGUAUGACUUGUUUUAAUCGUAGGGGUUUAUGGCGUUCUCUCACUGGCGAUAUGCGGGUUUAAAGCGAAGCGAUAGUUUAGUGAACAAGCCGCUAGUGUUACAUGAGCGUGAACGAACGCAUCAUCAAACAUCGUAUGCAUUUUUCAAAAAUCGAUUAUUCUUCCCUACUUUCAUCCCUAUAUCUCGUAAAGGGCCGAACCAAUUGUGAUUGGUUCAGACCAAAACGAAAGAAAAAAUGAAACAAAAUGCAACCUCUAUUCACCCGUUGAGUGCUACGGUGCUAUACACAUAACGGUCAAACUUUCUGUGUUAUCAGCCCUGAUGUUAUUUCUAAUUAUUGGAAUACCAAAUUAUUAAAAAACAUUGGGUCAUUAGUAAAUCAAUUAAUUCAUUGAUUCCCCAAGGUGGUCCAAGUGGACCCCCAGGGGUUUACAGAAGACUCGGCGGGGGUCUACGUUGAUGUGAUGUGAUGAUUUAUCUGGUUUCAUACCGAAUGGGGAGUUUUUAAAUAAAAUAAUGGGGAAUUGAUUGCUUCCUUGUGCUGUGACUAGAUAUCAAAAAUUAAAGUUGGCUGGAACGACGUUUUGCCUGGACAGUUUUUUGUCAUACACUCACAGCACAAUCAAUUAAUUAAUUAACUAAGCAGAUAAUCAAUUCUCACUAUUUAUUUUUAAACUGUUAUUAUUUUGUGGUAUUGAUUCAGCUAAUCACAUUUUUGUCGAGUUUUGGAUUGAAAUUUUGCAGUGGGUCCACCGGAACCAGUUAAAUUAGAAAGUGGUCUUUAAAAUAAAACAGUUUGGGAAUCUCUGAAUUAAUUCAUAAUGGACCCUUUGGAAAUUUUGAAUAGAAUCUCAGGUGCGCUAAAUUGGUGUAAAUGUUAAUCGCCGUGAAACUGGCUUCGCUUCGUCCUUGAUUCGUCAGUGUAAUAAGCGCUUACCUGACCUUGAUUCGUCAGUGUAAUAAGCGCCUUAGGUAUCAAUGGUAGUGUGAUAGUAUCAUUUGCGAGGUUUUUGUUAAGCAAUUACCUAAAUGUAACCUAAAUUGUAGUUAAAGUAUUCCAAGUUAUUUAUUAAUGAGGUUAUGUAUAAUACCCGAAUUAUACUAAUGUGUGGGCCUGAUUUGAGGUUGUGCGAGAACCGGUACAUGCUUAAAAUUUUGUUGUAAUAUUAAUUUGAAUGGAAUAAUAAACUGUCGUCUCAGAAAAAA